AUGAGCCUCAACGCUGUUCGUGUCGCGUCUAAGGUGCCAGCCACGGCUUCCGUGAUCUUCUUCCAUGGAUUGGGAGACUCCGGUGCUGGGUGGCAGUUCCUGUCAGACAUGGCUCGUCGCUCCUCAGACUUCGACCAUGUCAGGUUCAUCUUCCCGAAUGCUCCAGUGACACCAGUCACUGUGAACUCCGGCAUUCCAAUGCCCUCGUGGUUCGAUAUCCAGAGAUUUGGUGAAUGGACAAACAACGACGACGUUGAAGGGUACCUCAAGUCCAUCGAGACCGUGGGGAAAUACAUCGACGAGGAGAUCGCAUAUGGUAUCAAGCCGGAACGCAUCAUCGUGGGUGGAUUCUCACAAGGUGGAGGGCUCGCUUUGGGCACUGCUGCGCUGUCUGAUAAGAAAGUUGGUGCCAUCAUCGCCCUAUCGCCAGCUACGCCGUUCUUCAGCCAUCUGAAGGAGAACAAGGUCGACGUUAACAAGUACACGCCGGUAUUCCAUGGCCACGGUACUGCGGAUCCUGUGAUUCCAAUAGGAGCUGGGAAGGCCAUCUCUGACUUGUUCAAGAACCAUCUGGGGUUCGAGAACUACGACUUUAACACCUACCCGGGGCUACAACACAGCGCAGACCCUGAUGAGAUUGAAAGUGUGCUACAGCUGAUCAAGCAAAUCGCCCCAAAGGAGUAA